GGCUCCGUGAUCUGAGUGCCUAGAAGCACACCUGGGACUUGAGACCAUUCCGAUUCCAAGGAUGUUGGACUUGCAUGAGAUAAGGACGCGCGGAGGGUCCCCGGUGACCUCCGCGCCGGUUUGCUGGGACAACCGACAGGUGGCGGGAGGGCAUCGCACCCCACAGUUCACAGAGGGCUUUCACACCUGACGCCAGGAUCUCGGAGAGGAGAAAACUAGGCCCGGGCCGCAGCACCGUGCGCGUGCACAGCGGUGACCCGAUGUCACGCCUGGGAAUACCCAGCCCCCGGGACAGAGUGGGUCCGCAUGUCUUCGGAGCCGAGCCUAGGCGUGAGGGAAGCUGCAGGCACGAAGCACCCUGCCAGGCUGCCGCCCUGUUUGCCUGUGCCCGGGGAGCUCGCACACUCUCCGCUCGAGUCCGGAGCCAAGGUAGCAGCUGGUCGAGGCUUCGGGGCCCCGCCGCGCGUCCCAGCGCCGCUGCCCAGCGCACACCGGUUAGCGACCAACUCGCCAACUCGCCAACUCCCGGACUUUCGCAAAGCUACCGCGGGCGGGGCACCGCCGAGGAGCGGGCCACACCACUGCUCCCCGAUAGGGGGACGCCUUGCGCUGCGGGGCCCCGCCGCGCCCGCGCGGGCCAGGAAACACCGCGAGCAGGCCGGCCCCCGCGGCGCACGGUGCUCGGCCGCCAGCAGCGAGGAGGGCGGCGGUGGCAGCGCGCGGCUCAGCGGGCGCGGGGCGGCAGCAGCGGCGGUUCCCCCCCCGCAGCGGCGUCGCGGUGCCGAGGCCCGGCUCCCCGGCCGGCGAGCGGCGGAAGUGCCGCGGAGUUGGAGCGGGGCCGGCGCCGCGGCGGCUCGUCGUGGCCGGGCUGCUGCCGCCGCCGGGUGGACGGGCGGACGCGCGGGCUGGGGGCGGCGCAGCGGAGCCGGCGGGGCGCGGCGGGGCUGACCGGCCCCGAUGAGGCGGAAGGAGAAGCGGCUUCUGCAGGCGGUGGCGCUGGUGCUGGCGGCCCUGGUUCUUCUGCCCAACGUGGGGCUCUGGGCACUGUACCGCGAGAGGCAGCCCGACAGCACCCCCGGGGGAUCCGGAGCGGCGGCGCCACCGGCGGCCGGACAGGAACUCAUAUUUCUUGGAACUCUUUCUGUGGCUUACACAAUCAGCAAACGAAGACAUUUUUUGUGGGAAAUGGGCAAAAGCUGAAGGACUGGCAUGACAAAGAAGCCAUCAGGAGGGAUGCUCAGCGCGAAGGAAAUGGAGAACAAGGGAGACCUUACCCCAUGACCGACGCUGAGAGAGUGGAUCAGGCAUACCGAGAAAAUGGAUUUAACAUUUACGUCAGUGAUAAAAUCUCCCUGAAUCGCUCUCUCCCUGAUAUUCGGCACCCAAACUGCAACAGCAAACGAUACCUGGAGACUCUCCCCAACACCAGCAUCAUCAUCCCCUUCCACAACGAGGGCUGGUCCUCCCUCCUCCGCACCGUCCACAGCGUGCUGAACCGCUCACCCCCAGAGCUGAUCGCCGAGAUUGUGCUGGUUGAUGACUUCAGUGAUCGAGAGCACCUCAAGAAGCCACUUGAAGACUACAUGGCCCUUUUCCCCAGCGUGAGGAUUCUCCGAACCAAGAAGCGGGAAGGGCUGAUAAGGACCCGGAUGCUGGGCGCCUCAGCAGCAACUGGGGAUGUCAUCACCUUCUUGGACUCACACUGUGAAGCCAAUGUGAACUGGCUCCCCCCCUUGCUUGACCGCAUCGCUCGGAACCGCAAGACCAUUGUGUGCCCAAUGAUUGAUGUGAUUGACCACGACAACUUCCGAUACGAGACGCAGGUGGGGGACGCCAUGCGGGGCGCCUUUGACUGGGAGAUGUAUUAUAAGCGGAUCCCAAUCCCUCCAGAACUACAAAAAGCUGACCCCAGCGACCCAUUUGAGUCUCCCGUGAUGGCUGGAGGACUGUUCGCCGUGGAUCGGAGGUGGUUCUGGGAGCUGGGGGGGUACGACCCAGGCCUGGAGAUCUGGGGAGGGGAGCAGUAUGAAAUCUCGUUCAAGGUGUGGAUGUGUGGGGGCCGCAUGGAGGACAUCCCCUGCUCCAGGGUGGGCCAUAUCUACAGGAAGUAUGUACCCUACAAGGUCCCUGCAGGAGUCAGCCUGGCCAGGAACCUGAAGCGAGUGGCGGAGGUGUGGAUGGAUGAGUAUGCCGAGCACAUUUACCAGCGCCGGCCGGAGUACCGCCACCUGUCCGCCGGGGACGUGGCCUCCCAGAAGCAGCUCCGCAGCAGCCUUAACUGCAAGAGUUUCAAGUGGUUUAUGACCAAGAUCGCCUGGGACCUGCCCAGAUUCUACCCACCCGUGGAGCCCCCGGCCGCAGCUUGGGGGGAGGUUCGCAAUGUGGGCACAGGGCUGUGUGCAGACACAAAGCACGGGGUGCUGGGAUCCCCUCUGAAGCUGGAGAGCUGUGUCCGGGGCCGUGGGGAGGCUGCCUGGAACAACAUGCAGGUGUUCACCUUCACCUGGAGAGAGGACAUCCGGCCCGGAGACCCCCAGCACACCAAGAAGUUCUGUUUGGACGCCGUCUCCCGCACCAGCCCAGUCACCCUCUACGACUGCCACAGCAUGAAGGGCAACCAGCUGUGGAAAUACCGCAAAGACAAGACCCUGUACCACCCCGUCAGCGGCAGCUGCGUGGAUUGCAGUGAGAGCGACCACAGGAUCUUCAUGAACACCUGUAACCCCUCCUCUCGCACCCAGCAGUGGCUGUUCGAACACACCAACUCAACAGUCUUGGAAAUAUUCAAUAGAAACUGAGCCCUCACGCCUCCCCAAUAGGCCUGGCAGGGUCUUCUCUGGCACUCCCUGAGCCUUCCUCUCCCGAGGGGGGCAGGGCUCCCGGGGCCCCACAGUGUGAAAGGUGCUGGCCAACUAGUUCAGGGCGAAGAAGGCUCUUGAAGUUGAAGCAGAGUGUCUGCCUGGUUCUUGAGGCCCUGAGUUCCGCAGGUGGGGUGGGAGAGCAGACCCCACAAGGAGCUCCACGGGAGAGCAGAGCCUGCUCCAGCCCCUGAUGGCAUCUUGGAAAUCCAGGAGGAGGGCAUUUGCAACUUUGUCACCAUGUUCCCUUGAGCAUGAUGUGCGAGGAAUGCCAGGGCAGCCCUAGGCCAUCCAGGAAUGAAUCCUGCAGGAUUGCCUAGCCUUCAAGUGGCUCAUACAUGAUGGUCCCUUAGAAAGGGAGGCACGGUUUGUGGGGGGUGGCGGGGGCAGCUGUGUGCACCAGCACCGCCUGUCUGCAGCACAGGGAAGGAGGUCUUUCUCAGGGCCGCUGUUCAGCCUUUUCAUUUUUGCCCGUCCUGGAGUAACCACAGUUCCUGCCCAGCUUCUGCUCUCUGUCACAGCCUCAGGUGAUGUGGUCAAAGGCCACACCUGGGACCCUCGAGGAGCGUUCACUGCUGGACACAGGCCAGCUGCCAGGCCUGGGGUCAGACGUGGGACCCCCAGGCAUGCCUUUGCCUCUGCGGACAUACAGGAUGUCCCCCCCUUGCUCUCUGGGCUCUCUGAGCACUUAGAUGCCCAGGUGAGUGCCCUCUGCCCAAGGACAGUUCAGCCACCAGCUUUUCAGGGUGUAUUUCAGAUGGCCUCAGGCCCGUGGAAAAGGCCUAGAAAAGACCUCCAGACUAGAAAUCUGGCUGAAUUCCCCUGAUCAGUGCUUCCAUUUCUCUCUCCAUUUCUCUCUCUCUAGCAAUUACCUGCCUCAGGAGAGGAGCAGAGGUGUGAAAUGCUCGCCUCCCAAAGUCUGGAGGCCCUGGGGUGGGCCAUGGGGAAGAUGCCUGGCUUCUGACCUCAUUGUGGUUCUAGUUCUCAAAGAGAGCUCUAGAAUUUUUAAUGAACUUCAUCAUUGGAUCACAAGCUAGAGUGCUCCAUAGGAUUCUGUUAUUCUGGCAUUCCAUGUGGAUUUCUAGAAUGCUGUGAUUCAAGGGGCCGGACUUGUGUGAUACAGUCAAGGCAGCCCCCAGUCUAGAGACAACCUGUGAAAUCCAAGUUGGUGGCGUUGGGGGAGGGGGCAGGGGACCUGUGUCAUCAGUCCUACCAGAGUUCUUGGUAUGACACGGUCCUCAGUGCAGACCCGCAGCAGCGCGACCUCCUGCCAUCAUCAGAGCCACAGUGGAGGGAAGGACCGUGCAUACCAGGAACAGAUGGACACCCAGGUCCAUGCCAGUCCUUCUUGUUUACCUUUUGCUGUUAAUUAUGUGUGAAAGUCCCAGAGGGCUCCCAGAUUAAUAGAAAGCAUUUCUGUAACCAGCCUGCCACCCACUGAUUCAGAAAUGGAAAUUGCAUUCUACCACCUAUGACUUCCACCAGCUAGCCCAGGAAAUACUUAUGAGUAUUUCCAUUAGUGUUGGGUCUUUCGAUUCUGUCAUUUACCAGUUAAAUAACCGAGUCAUAAAUCUGGGAACAGAGCCACAAAUCUGCCUUUGAGAAGCUGGCUGAUCUCCAGGCCAUCAGUUAUCUGCGAGGGCAGUAUACACUCCCGACCACCACCCUCAAUUGUGUAGCUGGCAAAGCAUUACCUCCACUUCUGCCCCAGCGUGAGCCUUGCUCUGGCUACCUGUCCAUAGGAGAGGUGGUUCCUGCACUUGAAAAGCUUUCUUGUUGAUCCCUAGUGUCUUUCCCAAACAAGUGUUCUACUUUGAGAAAUGGCCCUCUAUAGGGAGGAGUCCAAAGAUGAGGAGGCCUCUUCCAGAAUCUGGGAUAACAAGAGUUUUGCAGUUGGAAGAAAUGAGUUAGGUAGGAUGCAUCAUCAGAGAGCAAUGCAGCCGCAUUAAAAUAAACACUGUGCCUUUAAAAAGAGAAAAUGCAAAUGUACAGCAAAUUCCUAAACUUGAACAAUUUUCUAGUGCCUUGCUGGACAAACAUAAAGGGACAGGGUUGGGGGGAGGGGUAACAGUUUGGGUGGUGUGUGCAGUUCCUAUGGGGUGAGUGUGUAUUUCUUAAUGUCUAAUUUCAAGCAGGAGGCGUUGGGCCUACAACAGGAUCUGAGACAGAGGCCCCUCAAGGGCCAGAGGCCAGAAGUCGUACCAGCUAGUGCAGGUAGCCCUCCAGACUCAAAGGGCAACUGGACAGCUCAUUUAGUCCAUUUAGUCCAUGGCCCAGGGGCCUCAGCAGUCCCCGGGAGACGGCCUUGUUUGGAGGCCAUGCCUGCAGUCCCCCAUCUGAGCCCCCAGAUGGAGCACAGAGCACCAGCUAGAUUUCCCAGUGGUCUCAUUCCAAGAGAGUGACAGUGUUCUCAGCAAGAGCAGGCUCGUACAAAACAAGCCACAAGCAGUCCUCAGCCCCCAUCUUCCCCAUGCUCUGGUUCUCCUUUGACUGUGUUUUCCAACCUCAAAAGGGACAGGCAGGUUCUCCGAGCACUCUGGCCUUUGUAAUUGCUAAGCCUGAAUCUGUAGGUGCUGGGAUUUUACAAAGUGUGAGGGAGGGGAUGGAAGGAAAAAAGUUCAUUACUUAGCUGACCGACUGACGGCAAAUACUGGCCACUCAUAAUUUUGGCCUCACUUUUGAAAACCACCUGUCUCAAGAAUUUGGGUUCCUGCUCAAACCCCCAACUGAAGCUUAAUAAGACAACCAGGAGCCUGUGGAGAUGCUGUCAUCCGGGUAAUGGCUGAGGAUGCGGGCCCCUUGUCCUCUAAAGCCUUUAUUUCUGAGCAUGAGGCUACACCACAGGAUGUGGCUAGAAAGUUAGAACCAUGUGGCCUACAAGCAGCAUUUCCAAAAGGAGGCUCCGGAACGUUUUGGAAUGCAAAGACCAUCUUUGCUCUAAGUACAAGGCCUUUGUGGAUAAACACACAGGCACAUGGGUGAAAAGCUGUUCCACCUUUUGCCUUCAGUCAGAGCUUUCAGCUUUGGAAAUGGUCUGGGAACUGUUGAUUUUCCCCUUUAACAGCUCAGAAGCCCAAGGGGGUAGAGCCACAGGGAGGUCUGAUGGCGAAGGUGAUGUCAGGUACGGGGAGGGGGCAGUUCUUGUGGAUGAGGUAGCAGCUGGCUCCCCAAAGCCCACACUCUAUCCACUUUCCAGACCUCCUACUUGUUGAAUUUCUUUUUCUCUUGAAGAAACAGGUGAUGUUCUUGAAAAUGGCUCCCUAUUUCUUUUCAUGCAUCUCCAUUUUUGUAGUCUCUGGAGUCUCAAGUGAGUAGCAAAGCACUUUACAGUAGCACCUGAGAGAUCUGGAUUCAGUGAUCCAUGGUUUGUACAGAUGGGGUGAUCUUUUAUAAUUCCUAGGAGACAAUGCAUUUUUAAUGUUUUCUGAAGACUUCUAAGUGCAGGAGGUGGGCAAGGAAUGCAGUUCUCUUCUGGAAUUCUUUUCUGCUUUUAAAUGAUGCUCUUUGUGAAAAUCCAAGUGAUAUUUUAUUUCAAGCUUGAUCUUGAGCCAAGGCCCACUUCCGCAGGAGUUGGACCUACAUUCCAAGUGACAAGGUCCUCUUAACAUCUGCUGCCCAGGGGCUUUGAUUUGGUCAUGCCAAACAGCAGGGUUGGGCUCCUGCUCUGUUACUGGUUUGAAGACUGGGAUCCCAAAGGGAUUACAGGCAGGGAUAUUUGAGGAGGCAGACUGGCAUCCCAUAGGAAAAGCUCAAGACAGCCAACCUCUCUCCUCCCACCUGGGAAAGUGAGCUGUGUGAAGAACUGACUGACCAUGUACAGUUGUGAUUGUUGUGGAGUAAACCUGCAGACUUUCUCAAACGUGGUUUUCCCUUUGUUCCUUGUCAUGUGCCGUGCCCCACUCCAUUGUAACCUGCAUGUUCACUGAGCACCUACUUAGAUCCAAGGGCCUGUGCUGCGCAUUGGACAAAUUGCCUAUAGCCAUCAUUCUAGAGAGGAAGGCAGACCAAAACAACUGAGCAGGAUGAACAACGUCCAGUGUGAACAGGACCGUGAGGACAUAAAACAGGUUAUUUGGGAGACUGGGGUAGAGAGCAACAUUAGGUAGGGUGGUCAGGGAAUGCCUCAGUGUGAAAGCUGAAAGACAUGAGGCAGUGUGAGCCAAGAGGUAGUUUGGGUGAAAUGUUCCAGGCAAGGGAAGAGUGAGUACAAAGGCCCUGAGGCCAGAAGGAGUUCUUUUGUUGGCAGCACAGAGGGAGGUGAGCAUGCAGAGCUCUAAGCAGCGCAGCCCACAAAGCAGAAGACACCAGGAGUGGAGGAUUCCAGGAGCGCAGUGACAGUAUGAGCUACAAUUACCUUAUAUCUGAUGCUAACACGGUCACAAGUCCCUGGUUACCAAAACAUUUUGAUGUUUAUAAAUAUUAGAUUUGUGGAAUACCAUUUGGUAGAGCACUGACUGCCCAGCUCUGCAACAGACUGUGAUGUCUUGUGCAGAUCCUGCCCCCAUCCAGGCCUCGGUUUUCCGCAGUAAAAUGGGAAGUUUUUGGAGGAUGCUCCCGGCUCUCAAUGAUCCUCAGGUUAAGUCUUGGUUUGGGGCUGCAGGCGACGAGCACAAGCCACCUGCUGGUGCUGUCCCUCAGAGCGCGCUGUGGACCAUGACUUGGAGAGGGCUGAUUAACAGAAAGGGAAUCCUCAUUGGCCAUGGGCAGGUUUGGGCCCUGGAACCAGAAGAUGGAUAUUUUCUGUUGUAACUUCCAUUACUUUUGUUUUAAAAAUCUAUUACCACCCAUGAAUAAGAUAAUUUUCUUCUAAAAAUAGUAGUGGUUUCUUUAAAAUGAUUUAACUCAUUUAUAAGGAAAAAAAAGGAGGAACAUUCCAUGUGUAGGGGCAGCAUGUGCAAAGUCCCUGUGGAGGGAUCAUAGCAGUUAUGAAUGAAGGUCAGUGAGGCUGGAGCAGAGUGGGAGAGAAAGUGGAAAUGGAAAGGAGGGGAUAGGCAGAAGCCAGACCUGUAGGGCUUUGUGGGCCAUGGCAAGGAGUUUCUCUGAUCUUUAAAAGCAGUAGGUACCAUUAUGAUGUUUUUUAACUGGGCAGAGUGAGGGUAUUUGAUGUGCCCUUGGCUAAUAUCUAGAGCCAGGAAUGACAUGCUCAAGGAUCUGGGCAGAUCAUCGGCACCUAGGGCCUACAGAGUUAGAAACAAAUAUAGGGCAGCUGGCCCUCAGAUGCUGCCUAGGAUCGCUGACUGCUAGCAGGAAAGGUCCUUCCUCCCUGGAGCAGGUGGGAGGAUGAGAGGAUUACAUUUCUCAUCCAGUUUAGCUCUUCAUCCUCCCAAGCCUGCAGGUCAGAGGAGAGCCCCAGGGAUCUACAGCACUUGGCUAGACAGACAGGAGCCCUACAGCUGGUGCUUACUUACUGUGAAGCAGAGUCAGAGAACUUGGAUUUAAAGUUUUGAAUUUACUUUUUCUUUGCUUUUAGUUUGGACUGGGCUUUCUGGCUCCUGGCACUUAGUAAGGGCUUGAUAAGUAUUUGCUGAAUGGACAAACAGAUGAAUAAUAGAGUUUCUAAUUACACUUUCAGCCUUUUUUCCCUCCACUCACAGCCGUAGACCUUUUGAAAGACAGUGCAACUACAUUUGUUAAAUAGUAUGUGCCCCCCCCCCCACCCAGAAAGUCCCUUCCCUCCCAGGCCUCAUAUUCUUUAUAAGACAAUGGGUUAGAGGGGAGCUAAUUAGAUCAUGGUCAGCCGGAACUCACAGUUCUGUAAUUUUGUAUCUAGUAUUUUGCAAUGGCCCUGAUCCUGUUGAGGAUUUAUUUUCCAAGCUCAGCCAGGGGAUGGGAGGGGGAUUCCCUCCUGGUUCUGCUGUUGGCGUUUCCCCCCCUACAAGUAAAAGAGAAUGACCAUAAAAAUAGUUUUUCCCAAAAGUUUCAGGGCUUUUGCCUGACUGGGUCUGGGAGGCAGUGCAUCUUUCACACAGCUGUGCAGACCUCUGCCAACUUCUGGCGCCAGGCAACUGGCUCCUCUUUUGUUCCCAGCAAUGGGUGAGCUGCCUGGCUUGGCAAUACUUGGGGUCAAGAUGGUGCCCCAGGCAGCCUGCAGUUCUUGCCUUUGAGGUCUGGCUUUUUUCAGGGCUGGUAAGGUGGUGGCCUUCAGUGUGCUCACACACACACAAAUGCCAUAGAAAGGAAAGAACACGAGGUGAACCCUCAGGAAAGCAGGUUUCUUAGCAACUUUACAGCCUUUGUUCAUGAGCUACUUGGAACUGAAGGAGAAUCUGAGCUCCUGCCAGCUCCUGCCUGAGAUGGCGGUCUGCCUUUGCUGGAGCUGGGAGCUAAGCUCCCCAACUAUUGGCCUAUCACUCAGCCUGAGAAGCAGAGGUCUGAAUUCUGGGAUUGUCUAGGUUCUGGGAGAAGACCUUGCUAAAGUUCUUUCAUUCCUACAGCUGCAGAGUUCCACUUUUUAACUGGCUUCUUUAUCUUUUUAUUAUUUGAUUAUAAUAGUUCAUUAUAUAUUCUGAAUACAAAUCCCUUAUCAGAUACGAUUUGCAGACAUUUUCUCCCAUUCUGUAGGUUGUCUUCUCACUUUCUUGAUAUACACAUACUACUUAUCAUGGUUAUUGGUACUUUUAUUUUUUCCUUUCACACCAUUUUAUAAGAUAAAAUUAAGAUGUAGUAAAAUAAUCAAAUACUUUCCCAAUCAUUGCUGUACAGAUGAAUAUGGAGACUGCCUAUGUGGCAUCUGAACUAUUGGCAGAUAAGCAAUACCACCCUGCCAUCUUGCAAUAUGAUGUCUCCUGCCCUAACAUGCAGAAACCUGAACUCGUUUGCAGUGGGAAGCUUGGGGUGUCAGCAUGUAAUGGAUGAAAUAACCACCACUUAUCUGGCAUUUGCCAUGUGCAAGACACUGUGCUAAGUGCUUUACAUCACAUUUGAUCUUCACAAUAGCCCUAUAUGAGAAAUAUGAUUAUCAUCCCAUUUAAAAAAUGUGAAAAACCAAGGCUCAAAUAGUUUAAGUAUUGUAACUAUAGCUAGUAAAGUGGCCGAGCUGUGCUUCUGAGUCCAGCUCCUUGGCUUUUGUCCAUGGUGCAAUAGAUAUAAUGCCUGUCAAGAGCCAGGCUCAGACCAGGGCCAGAGAGUCAGAGGACACUUUCACAGGUCCUCAGUGGAAUGAGGGCAAUAAGGACAAUGUUGGAGGUUUUUCACAAAGCUAAAUUUAUUCCAUUUAUUCCAUGACUGUCCUUUAUUCUGAGAUUCUUCCCACUGUUUUGAUGUUGCAAAUUUCCUACUUAAUAACAGCAUAAAACAUGGUAGUUUUCUUAUCAUUAUUAUAAAAUAUAGGCACAUAGUAAAACAUCCAAAUAGGAAAAAGGAUUAUAAAAUUGAUAUCAUCCUACCUUUCCUCCUCUGACUCAGUGCUGACCAGAGUGGCAACCACAAUGACUACUUUCUUGUUUGUCCUUAAUAUGUGUGGGUGUAUAAGUGUGUAUAAAAAUUUUAAUAAACACAAAUGGAAUUUACACUCUA